AUGGCAAUGGAAAGAGCAAAGUAUGUUGAAACUCCAGUCCAGAGUUGCAGUAAAACGAGAGGUUUACCAGGGUUACCCCCAUUACCAUCCACCAUGAAGGAACCUUCAGAUUUAUAUAAGAUUGUCCUACGGAACAGUGAACAUCCACCAAUCAUGAAAGGAACAUCUUGGACACUGGCUGCUCCUUAUAAAGAGCAGAAAUUUCACAGAACACCCAGCGAAUCAAUAGCAAAUAAUUACACCCCAACAGCUAGUGAUCUAAAACUCAGAGAUCUACCCAAGCUUGUCAGAUCAAAAACCAAGCUAUCUAAAGCUCCUUUAGGGAGUCCUCGGUCCAAUGGCUUCACAAGGGGUAAAACUAUAUUAGAAGAUAAUAAAGGCAAAGUGGAAAAUGGUGUGAAUGGAGUUAAUGGUGAACAAAAAAAUGGAAUGAAUGGAUUUGAGGUAUUACCAGAUAUCCAGGACCUACCCCCUAGCCGCCCUAUGACUCCAAAUGAACAAAUGGACAUUAUGUUGGCUAUCGAGGAAGAGAAUAGACAGCAAACAGGAGAACCCACAGAAAGGGAUGAAGCUAGGUACUACUACUACAUACAGAAAGGUAUUCGUCGUGAGAUGCUUGCACCACCUCACCCCGACACCAUGAAGAAUAUCAGUCAACUUGUACCCAGUACCUUGUUGUCCAGUGUUGAACUAAAAGGCAUGGUGGAGGACCUCACAAAGGAAGUCAGCGAUGACUAUGAGUUCAGCAUUCGCAAAACCAUUGUUGACUAUAUCCUGAAAGAUCCUACAGAGAAAGAUAGACUGCAUAUAGCAUGGACUCCAAAACCAUUCCAGAAAAGGAUUAUCCGGGCGCCAGUUCCAUGGCACUCUACCUACAGAGAUAUGAAGGGUUACAACACAGAACACCUCUUCAUCACCAACCCAAUCAUGCUGGAACUCCAGGACAUUUGGUUUAACCAGUUUAACAGUCUGAGGUUUGUGAAUCUAAAAGAAUUGAGGGAGGCUGACCUUCCCCUUCUUCCCAAUGAGUUUGAGUCUCUGGUAAAGAAACAAUGCUGGGAGGCUCAUGAAGUACUCCGUAAAAGCUGGAUCCCUACUUGUGCAAAGAUAUUUGUGGACAAGAAUGAUCUUUGGCAACAUCUGGUGCCUCCAAAUGACACAGACUCCACUCAGCUGGUGGAGGAGUUCUUUGCUUGUGUAGCGGCACUCAUGUCAAUACAGCUGCGCUCCAUGGUCAUCAACUCUCUGGUAGACUUCCUAGAGUUCUUUGAAACUCACAAGGGAGGCAAUGACUUUGGUGACACAUUUGAUGAGCUCCAGUAUGUAAUGGACCAAGUGAUGAUCAUCAAGCUUAGAGUGGAUGAACCAAGGAUUCAGUUUGAUCCUCCAUUCAGGGAGAUAAGGGACAUCAUUCUCAGAUGUUUCUCUGAAAUCAUCGCUAGCGGAGAAGGUCUUACAAGGGUGGAGUGUGAAUUGUUCCCAGACAUGCGUGCCCAGAGGCUGCUGUUGAGGAGUGUAAAAAUAGAGGAAACGCUGGUCACUGACUAUGUAGACAAGGCCAUGGACAUUUUCAAAAUUAACACUACGGGACCACAAAAAUACUUGAACACCUACAAAAAGUACUCUGAUCUUUUGGACAACAAGGCUGAUCAAGAUGUUGCAUCAUUCCUCAGGGAAAAGCAUUCAAUUGAGGCAUUCAAAAAGAAAAUCAUCAGUUUCCAAGACUUGAAGGAUGAGAUCAGCCUGCUUCGUAUCACUGUACCACUCAGCAUGUUCUGUUUGGAUUGUGUCAACCUUAACAAUGACCUUUGUGCUCGAGCUAUGAGGUUGAAAGAGAAGCUGGUCACACACCAAGUGGAUGAAAACAGAGAACUCAACAGAGGAAUCUGUAAGCGUUAUGAUGAGAUGGCUGACAAAGUCAGUGAGAUUCCAGAGACAACCAAGGAACUAGUAGAUACUCAGGAGUACCUCAAAACGUCAUCGGAUAUAACAGUGUACAAACUGAAGGAUGAAAUAGAGGAUGCCACCAGUCGCCUGAUGUUUCUCUUAGACUACGCCAUCUUCCCAUUGGAAGACACCAAACUAAACAGUCUUGUGUUCCUUUGGCCGGAUCACAUCAAGUCGGUGUUUGAGUUGUCCCAAUCCAGGAUUGUCAACAAACGUGAUCAUAUUGAAGAUGAAUUGAAGAGAAGAACACAGGCAUAUGAAGAAAAACUCAAUGACAUGGUUAAGGAAGUAGAGUCAUUCAGGAAGAAAGAGUUCCUAAGUGAGGAAGCCAUGAGGACCAACACAGAACAGCUGGCAGCCCUCACCACUAACCUUGAGACUGCUCGAGAGGAACUGGAGGGUAUCAAUGAAGAGGAACGACUACUGGAAUGGGAGACAAGUGAAUUCCCUCAGUUGAAAACCAUGUUCACCACAAAGGAACCAUAUGAAAAAUUAUGGGGAACUGCAUACACUUUCCACCAGAAACACGAGAAGUGGCUCACUGGUCCUUUCCAGGGCUUGAAUGCUGAGGAGAUAGAGACAGAAGUGUCAGAUAUGUGGAGAACCAUGUACAAGCUGACCAAAUCCUUCAAUGACCAAGCAGGACCAAGGAGAAUUGCUGACAACACCAAAAACAAGAUUGAUAAAUUCAAACAACAUCUUCCCAUUCUUCAGACCAUCUGUAAUCCUGGUAUCCGGGAUCGUCAUUGGGAGUCUAUGAGCAAGAUUGUUGGAUUUGAUCUGAAACCCCAAGCAGAGACAUCUCUCAGCAACAUGUUAGAGUAUGGUCUCAGCAAACAUCUUCAGAAGCUGGAGGAGAUUGGGGCUGCUGCAGCCAAAGAACAUUCGUUGGAAAAAGCUCUGGAGAAGAUGAAAUUUGAAUGGAAGGAUCAGUGCUUCGAACUCAUCCCUUAUAGGGAAACGGGUGUGUGUAUCCUCACGGCCCCAGAUGAAAUCCAGGUGUUACUAGAUGACCACAUUGUUAAAUCCCAGACAAUGAGGGGCUCACCAUUCAUAAAACCAUUUGAGACAGAAAUGAAGGAGUGGGAGGAAAAGUUAGUCACCAUGCAGGACAUUCUUGAUGAGUGGCUGAAGUGCCAAGCCACCUGGUUGUACUUGGAGCCUAUAUUCAGUUCUGAGGAUAUCCUGGCCCAGAUGCCCGAAGAAGGUCGUAAAUUUGGCAUUGUGGACAACAUCUGGCGAGAUGUGAUGGGAGAGGCCAUCAAAGACAAUCAUUGUCUGGUUGCUACCGACCAGAACAAUAUGCUUGGCAGGCUUCGUGAAUCCAAUCGUCUCUUGGAAGAAAUUCAGAAGGGACUGAAUGCUUACUUGGAGAAAAAACGCCUUUACUUUCCAAGGUUUUUCUUCCUGUCCAAUGAUGAGUUGUUAGAAAUCCUAUCAGAGACCAAGGACCCGAUGAGAGUACAGCCUCAUUUGAAAAAAUGUUUUGAGGGCAUCAGUCGUUUGGACUUUUCAGAGACCCAAGAAAUCCUUGGCAUGAUAUCUUCAGAAAAUGAAACUGUCCCCUUCAACUCCAAGAUCAUUCCAGCAAAAGCAAAGGGUAUGGUUGAGAAGUGGUUGCUACAAGUGGAAGAUGUGAUGAUUAGCAGUCUCAGAAAGGUUAUCAUUGAGUCCUUGGAAGCCUACAAGGUCACCAAUAGGAAUAACUGGGUGUUGGAAUGGGCUGGCCAGGUGGUCAUUUGUGUAUCGUCCAUCUACUGGACUACAGAGGUGUCAGAGGCUAUGAUGGAGCCAGGAGGACUGAAGAAAUAUCACCUGAAAUGUAAUGAUCAGAUAGCUGAUAUUGUACAACUUGUGAGAGGCAAAUUGGAGACAGGUCACAGGGUUACUUUGGGAGCUCUCACUGUGAUAGAUGUACAUGCUCGUGACGUUGUGGCUAAACUUGCUGAGGACAAUGUGUCCAGUCCUAAUGAUUUUGAUUGGCUGGCUCAGUUGCGGUACUACUGGGACAAGGAUGACGUGAUAGUACGCAUGAUCACGACAGACACUGCCUAUGGCUAUGAGUAUCUUGGCAACAGUGGUCGUCUGGUCAUUACUCCCCUCACAGACAGAUGUUACAGAACAUUGAUGGGAGCUCUGAAGCUGAAUCUUGGAGGUGCUCCAGAAGGACCAGCAGGAACAGGCAAAACUGAAACAUGCAAAGAUCUGGCUAAAGCUGUGGCAAAGCAGUGUGUGGUGUUCAACUGUUCAGAUGGAUUGGAUUUCAAAGCUAUGGGAAAAUUUUUCAAGGGUUUGGCCCAAGCUGGGGCAUGGGCUUGUUUUGAUGAGUUCAACCGUAUAGAGCUUGAGGUAUUGUCUGUAGUGGCACAACAGAUUGCCAGUAUUCAGAACGCCAUUGCUGCCCAACUCAAGCGCUUCAUUUUUGAGGGAACUGAACUGUCACUGAAUCCCACCUGUACCAUGUUUAUCACCAUGAACCCUGGUUAUGCUGGCCGACAAGAGUUGCCAGAUAACCUAAAAGUGUUAUUCAGAACAGUAGCUAUGAUGGUGCCUGACUACGGAAUGAUAGGAGAGAUCUCCCUGUACUCCAUGGGUUUUGUAAAUGCCAGAAGUCUUGCCAACAAAAUCGUGGCAACAUACAAACUGUGCUCUGAACAACUGUCCUCUCAACACCACUAUGACUACGGUAUGAGAGCCGUCAAGUCUGUACUCACAGCAGCUGGCAACCUAAAGUUGAAAUAUCUUGACCAGGAUGAAGCAAUUCUUCUUCUGAAGGCUAUCAUGGAUGUUAACUUGCCAAAGUUUUUGGCUCAGGACGUACCCCUGUUUGAAGGUAUCAUAUCUGAUUUGUUCCCUGGAGUGGAAUGUCCAAAGCCUGAUUACGGUGCCUUCAUGGAUGCUCUGAAAGAAAACACAGUGAAAAUGAAACUACAAACUGUACCCUGGUUCCUGGAAAAGAUUAUACAGGUGUAUGAGAUGAUCCUGGUGCGUCACGGAUUAAUGGUGGUUGGUGAACCUCUAGGAGGGAAGACAAAAGGCUGGCAGGUCCUUGCCGCAGCCCUAACUGACCUUCAAGCUAUUGGGGCUUUUGAUGAGUUUAAAACAGUGUACAGAAUCAUUAACCCAAAGGCCAUCACUAUGGGUCAAUUGUAUGGAUGCUUUGAUCCAGUAUCUCAUGAAUGGACUGAUGGUGUUUUAGCCAACACAUUCCGAGAAUAUGCCAGUAACCCUAACACUGACAGGAAGUGGAUUCUCUUUGAUGGCCCUGUGGAUGCUGUCUGGAUUGAGAAUAUGAACACUGUAUUGGAUGAUAACAAAAAGUUGUGUCUGAUGAGUGGCGAGAUCAUUCAGAUGAGCAACAAGAUGAACCUAAUAUUUGAGCCUGCUGACCUGGAGCAAGCUUCACCAGCUACAGUAAGCAGAUGUGGUAUGAUCUACCUGGAACCCCAUCAGAUGGGCUGGCGACCAUUCAAGGACUCCUACAUGCAGCAUGAAUUGCCACAGAAUCUGUCUCAAGAAAACAAGGACCUUGUCAAUGACUUGUUUGAAUGGCUAAUUGAGCCUUGUCUGUAUUUCAUUAACAAAAAGUGCAAGCUGUUUUUACAAACAUCAGAUAUGCACCUAGUUCAGUCCCUGAUGAGGCUAUACACAUGUCUUUUAGAUGAGAUUGCUGACUCCGUCAACAACCCACCAGUAGAGGGAGAGGAGACCACUCGAGAUGUUCUCUCCAAUCAGCAGAUUACCCUGUGGCUGCAAGGUCUGUUUGUAUUCUCCCUCAUCUGGACAGUGGGUGGCACCAUAACUGGUGAUAGCAGAAAGAAGUUUGAUCAAUACUUCCGCAAUAUCCUCAGUGGUACUGAUGCUGACCACCCCAAACCCAAGAGCAUCAAGAUCACCAAGAGUAACAUGAUCCCAGACAGGGCCACUAUCUAUGACUUCAGUUUUGAAAAGAAAGGUGGAGGAAACUGGAUUGACUGGUUGGAUACCAUUGAUCGUGCUUCUAUGACCAUUCCUGCUGAUGCAAAGGUGAGUGAGAUUACUGUACCUACAGCUGAGACUGCAAGACAGACUUUCUUUCUCGACACCUACCUCAAGCACGAGCAGUCCACACUGUUUAUUGGUCCUACAGGUACUGGUAAAUCUGCCAUCACCAACAACUACCUCCUCAGUUUGCCUAAGGAUGUAUAUGUGGCGAACUGCAUUAACUUCUCUGCCAGAACCUCAGCCAAUCAGACACAGGACAUUGUUAUGUCAAAGCUGGACAGGAGGAGAAAGGGUGUGUUUGGUCCUCCAAUGGGGAAGAAGUCUGUAGUGUUUGUCGAUGACUUGAAUAUGCCAGGCAAGGAGAAGUACGGAGCACAGCCUCCUAUUGAGUUACUGAGACAGUGGCUUGACCAUGGACACUGGUAUGAUAGGAAGGACACAACCAAAGUAUUCCUUACUGAUGUGCUGUUUGUGUCAGCUAUGGGCCCCCCUGGAGGAGGACGUAAUGAUAUCACCAGUCGGUUCACACGCCACCUUAAUAUUACAUCAAUAGAUGAGUUUGAUGACAAUACUAUGACAAGAAUUUUCACCAACAUUACUGACUGGCAUUUUGGAAAAGGUUUUGAUGGUUCAUUUGUGAGAAAUGGCAAGUUGAUUGUAGCUGCAACAAUGGGAGUGUAUAAAAAUGCUAUUCAGAGCUUUUUACCUACACCGUCAAAGAGUCACUAUGUGUUCAACUUGCGUGACUUUGCUCGUGUGAUUCGUGGAGUACUGCUUGUCCCUCAUACAAAUAUGAGCGAGACUGACAAGCUGUUCCGACUGUGGAUACAUGAAGUGUACAGAGUGUUCUACGACCGUCUCAUUGACAAUGAGGACCGAGAGAUGUUUUUCAAUAUUGUGAAGGAGCAAUGCUCCAAUCAUUUCAAGACAAACAUGGACAAGCUACUUGGUCAUUUAUCAAAGAGUGGAUCUGUGGUGGAUGACAACAUCAGGAACUUGUUCUUUGGUGACUUCAUGAUACAGGAGAACAAAAUUUAUGAUGAAAUCUCUGACUUCAAAGAACUCUCAUCCAUGAUGGAAUAUUAUUUGGAUGAGUACAACAUGAUCAGUAAGGCACCCAUGCAUCUUGUGAUGUUCAAGUUCGCCAUUGAACACAUUUCCCGUGUGAGCCGAGUCCUGUUACAGGACAGUGGAAAUGCUCUCCUAGUUGGUAUUGGGGGCAGUGGUAGACAGAGUGCUGCUAAACUGGCCACCUUCAUGGCUGACUAUGAUAUCUUCAUGAUUGAGAUCACCAAGAACUACUCCAAUAACGAGUGGAGGGAAGACCUUAAAAGGCUCCUACUGAAAGCAGGAUGCGAGAACAAGCCCAUCACUUUCCUGUUUGCUGACACACAAAUUAAAGAUGAAUCCUUCAUGGAGGACAUCAGUAUGAUCCUUAACACUGGAGAUGUGCCCAAUCUAUUCGCUUCAGACGAGAAGGCAGAACUCAUUGAGAAAAUGCAGGCUGUAGCAAGAGCUGAGGGAAAGAAAAUGGAUGCCACCCCUCUAGCCAUGUAUAACUACUUCAUUGAGAAGGUGAUGCAGAACUUACACGUCGUACUGGCUAUGAGUCCUAUUGGUGAUGCUUUCAGGAACCGACUCCGAAUGUUUCCGUCUCUCAUCAAUUGUUGCACCAUAGAUUGGUUUCAGCCGUGGCCGUCUGAUGCUUUGGAAAUGGUGGCCAAUAAGUUCCUGGAGGAGGUGGAGCUAGAGGAUCACAUGCGCAAGUCAUGUGUAGUCAUGUGUAAACAUUUCCAUGAAAGUGUGCACCAGCUUUCUACCAGUUUCUUUGAGCAAUUACGGAGACAUAACUAUGUGACCCCUACAUCUUACCUUGAACUGAUCAUGACAUUUAAAACUCUGUUGGGCCUGAAGCGUGAUGAAAUCAGCUCCCUUCGUAAUCGCUACCUCGUUGGUUUGGAAAAACUUGACUUUGCAGCUUCACAGGUAUCUGUGAUGCAACAAGAGCUGCGGGAACUGCAGCCAGAACUCAUCAAAACAUCCGCAGAGACAGAAAAGUUGAUGAUAAAAAUAGAGCAGGAUACAGUUGAAGUUGAGGCCAAGAAAGAGGUGGUAGCUGCUGACGAAGCUGUUGCCAAUGAAGCAGCUGCAGCUGCUCAGGCCAUCAAGGAUGAAUGUGAAAGUGAGCUGGCUGAGGCUAUCCCAGCCCUGGAGGCUGCCAUAGCUGCACUCAAUACACUCAAACCUGCUGACAUCACACUUGUCAAAUCCAUGAAGAAUCCCCCACCUCCUGUAAAGUUGGUGAUGGAGUCUAUUUGUGUAAUGUUGGGUAUGAAGUCGGAGAGGAAGCCUGACCCAAGUGGCUCAGGUAAAAUGAUUGAAGACUACUGGGGGCCAUCUCAGAAGGUACUUAGUGACUUCAAGUUCCUUGACAAGCUGAAAACUUAUGACAAGGACAACAUACCACCUGCUAUUAUCAAGAAGAUUAGAGAAAAGUAUAUGACCAACCCAGACUUUGAUCCUAACCUGAUUAAGAAUGCCUCAACUGCCUGUGAGGGGCUGUGUAGAUGGGUGAAAGCCAUGGAUAUCUAUGACAGAGUAGCAAAAGUGGUGGCUCCCAAGAAAAUCAAACUACAAGGUGCUGAGGCAGAACUCGCCAUCCAGAUGGACAAACUCAACGAGAAACGUGCACAACUCAAACAGGUGACGGACAAACUCCAGGCUCUCAAUGAUGAAUUUGAAGAGAUGACACAAAAGAAAAAGGACUUGGAGGCUAACAUUGAUGUUUGUGAGAAAAAACUUGAUCGUGCAGAGAAACUCAUUGGUGGUCUUGGGGGAGAAAAAGACAGAUGGACAGAGGCUGCCCGCCUGUUGGGAGAGAAAUUCAUCAACAUCACUGGUGAUGUGCUAUUGUCAUCUGGAGUGGUGGCUUAUCUUGGUGCCUUCACAGUCUCCUUCAGGAAUGAAAUCAUCAAAGAUUGGCAUGGUGCUUCAAAGGAUAAUGAAAUUCCUUGCUCAGAGAUUUUCUCACUGAAUGCAACCCUAGGUGACCCAGUGAAGAUCCGAGCAUGGAAUAUUGCUGGUCUGCCUGUAGAUUCCUUCAGUGUUGACAAUGGCAUCGUAGUAAAUAACUCCCGCAGAUGGCCUCUGAUGAUCGAUCCUCAAGGUCAGGCCAACAAAUGGGUGAAAGCAAUGGAAAAGGACAAUAAACUGGGAAUUAUCAAAUUGUCUGACACCAAUUAUUUGAGGACUCUGGAGAAUGCUAUCCAGUUUGGUACCCCAAUCCUACUGGAGAAUGUUGCAGAGGAACUUGACCCAAUCCUAGAUUCCAUUUUACAGAAACUGACAUUUAAACAACAAGGUGUUGAGUACAUACGUCUGGGAGACAGUGUUAUAGAAUAUUCAAAUGACUUCAAAUUAUACAUCACCUCAAGACUGAGGAACCCACACUACCUACCAGAGGUUUCUGUAAAGGUGUGUCUGGUAAACUUUAUGAUCACUCCACAAGGCCUUGAGGAUCAGCUGCUGGGUAUUGUGGCAGCUAAAGAGAAACCAGAGCUUGAGGAAAAGAAAAACGUCCUUAUUCUGGAAAGUGCCCAGAACAAAAAACAGCUCAAGGAAAUUGAAGACAAGAUUCUGGAGGUCCUCUCAUCCUCUCAGGGUAACAUUUUAGAGGAUGAAACAGCCAUCAAAAUUCUGUCCUCAUCCAAAGUCUUGUCAGAAGAGAUCUCAGCCAAACAGGAAGUGGCAGCUAAGACAGAACUAGAGAUUGAUCAGACCAGGAAUGGUUAUAAGCCUGUGGCUGUGCAUUCUUCAAUCCUCUUUUUCUGUAUCUCAGAUCUGGCCAACAUUGAACCUAUGUACCAGUAUUCUCUUACAUGGUUCAUCAACCUUUACCUUCAGUCCAUCCUAAACAGUUCACCAUCCAAUGAGCUAGAUGAGCGAAUUUUUAACCUGAAUGACCACUUUACCAACAGUAUAUACCGAAAUGUGUGUCGUUCCCUGUUUGAGAAAGACAAACUUCUCUUUUCCUUUGUACUAUGUGUGGGCAUUCUGAAGGGCCAGUUUAAUGCCAGAGUAGGCCGAGUGGAUGAAGAUGUAUGGCGUUUCCUAUUAACCGGAGGAGUAGCUCUGGAGAACCCACAUGCCAACCCUGCCCCAGAGUGGCUAGGAGACAAGUCAUGGGGAGAGCUUGUACGAGCCAGCAACCUACCAAACAUGAAAGGACUAUUCCAACAUGUCAGGGAUAACAUUGGAGAGUGGAAAAAGAUGUAUGACUCUCCAACCCCACAGACUCACAAGUACCCAAGUCCCUUUGACACCCUUAGAGGCUUGUUCAAGAUGGUGGUAUUGAGAUGUCUGCGACCAGACAAAAUUGUUCCUGCUGUUCAAAAUUUCAUCGUGGAAAAUCUUGGUCAGUCUUACAUUGAACCGCCGACCUUUGACCUGGCAGGAUCAUUCCGAGAUUCCAACUGUUGUGCACCUCUGAUCUUUGUAUUGUCACCCGGAGCUGAUCCCAUGAUGGCUCUGCUCAAGUUUGGUGAGAGUAAAGGAUACUCUACAGCUGCUGGUACUAUCCAGACCAUUUCUCUUGGUCAGGGCCAGGGUCCAAUAGCAGCAGGUAUGAUUGAUGCAGCAAUCAAAAAUGGUUCCUGGGUAGUGCUGCAGAACUGCCAUCUGGCCACCAGCUGGAUGCCCAAGUUAGAGAAGAUAUGUGAGGAAGUGAUUGUACCUGAAGUGACCCAUAAGGAGUUUCGCCUUUGGCUGACCAGUUACCCAUCAGAGCAGUUCCCAGUAUCUAUCUUACAGAAUGGUGUGAAGAUGACCAAUGAGCCACCUAAGGGAUUGCGAGCCAAUCUUUUGCGGUCUUACCUCAAUGACCCUAUCUCUGAUGCCUCCUUCUUUGGCGGUUGCAACAAACCUGUUAAGUUCCACAAGAUGUUGUUUGGGCUGUCAUUCUUCCAUGCUAUGGUACAGGAACGCAGGAAGUUUGGUCCCUUGGGAUGGAAUAUUCCAUAUGAAUUCAAUGAAUCUGAUCUACGUAUCAGUCUCCGGCAGAUGUUGAUGUUCCUGAAUGAUUACGAGGAGCUGCCUCUUCCUGCUCUCACCUAUUUGACUGGCCAGUGUAACUAUGGUGGUCGUGUAACAGAUGACAAGGACCGACGACUCCUUGUCUCUAUCCUUUCCAUCUUCUUCACAGAGGAAAUCAUCACCAACAAGGACUACAAGUUUUCUCCAAGUGGACUGUACUAUGCCCCAGAGGAAGGUGAACAUCAAAGCUACAUUGACUACAUCAGGACUCUACCCAUUAACCCUAAUCCAGAAGUAUUUGGGCUACAUGAAAAUGCUGAUAUCAGCAAAGACAAUCAAGAAACACAGUUGUUAUUUGACAACAUCUUACUUACUCUUCCAAGACAACAAAGCAAGGGAGGUAAAUCUACUGCCUCCGUCAUUCAGGACCUGUCUGCUGAUAUCCUCAGCAAGUUGCCAGCAGACUUUGACAUGGAGCAUGUGAUAAAUAAGUACCCUGUAGUAUACAACGAGUCGAUGAACACAGUACUGAGACAGGAGCUCAUCCGUUUUAAUCGUCUGACAAAAGUGGUGCGAAUUUCACUGAUCAAUUUACAGAAAGCCAUCAAGGGACUGGUGCUCAUGUCCUCAGACCUUGAGGAGGUGUUUCAGAGCAUGCUUAAUGGCAAAGUGCCUACAGUGUGGGCCUCAAAGUCCUACCCUUCACUUAAACCCAUGGGUAGUUAUAUCAACGACCUUUUGGCAAGAUUGAAAUUCUUUUCUGAAUGGAUAGAUGCUGGAAUUCCUCCAACUUUCUGGCUUUCAGGAUUUUACUUCACACAGUCCUUCCUUACAGGUGUGUCUCAGAACUAUGCACGGAAGUAUACCAUUCCCAUUGACGCUGUUGGUUUUGAGUUUGAAGUGACAAAGGAAGAGAAGGAAAUGACUGAAAAACCUGAAAAUGGAGCCUUUGUUUAUGGUUUGUUCUUAGAAGGAUCUCGCUGGGACCGAGACAAAAUGGUAUUGGGAGAAUCCUUACCAAAGAUUCUUUUCGACCCCAUGCCUGUGAUCUGGCUGAAACCCAACCGUAUGGACCAGUUUGCUAAAGCGAACACAUAUUCCUGUCCUGUGUACAAGACCAGUGCCAGACGAGGUGUUCUGUCCACCACUGGUCACUCCACCAACUUUGUCCUCUUUAUAGAACUGGCAUCAGACAAGACUCAGGAUCACUGGAUUAAUCGCGGUGUGGCCGCCCUGUGUCAGCUUGAUGACUAA